AUGAACAUCCUCGACACCCUCUUCGGGCGGAGCGUGACCCCUGCCGAGCGUCUGCGGCAACACCAGCGGGCAUUACAAAAAGCGCAGCGAGAGCUCGACCGCGAGCGCACGAAACUCGAAGCUCAAGAGAAGAAACUCGUUGGUGAUAUCCGUAAGAGCGCCAAACUAGGGCAGAUGGCGGCGUGUAAGGUUAUGGCGAAGGACCUGGUGCGGACGAGAAGAUAUGUUCAGAAGUUUUAUCAGAUGAGGACGCAGUUGCAGGCUGUUGGGUUGAGGAUCCAGACGUUGAGGAGUAAUCAGCAGAUGGCGGAGGCGAUGCGGGGUGCUACGAGGGCAAUGGCUUCCAUGAACCGUGGGUUGAACCUCCCGGCGAUACAGAGGAUCAUGAACGAGUUUGAGAAGGAGAGCGCGACGAUGGACAUGAAGGAGGAGAUGAUGAGCGACGCUGUGGAUGAUGUGAUGGAUGACGAGGCGGAGGAUGAGGAAGAGGAGGGGGACAAGAUCCUUAAGGAGGUGCUGGACGAGAUUGGAGUGUCGUUGUCCCAACAGCUGGCUGACACCCCUUCUGCACUGGCGGCGCUCUCUACUCCAGUCGCCAACAACCGUGAAGCCGUCGCAUUGGGGGGUGACUCUCAUCCUCCCCCUCUGUCGAACGCAACAAACCCGUCAAACCCGGCCUUACCUCCUUCCAGCGCGCCCGUUCCUGGUCCCAGCACAGGAGGGAACGACGUCGACGACUUGCAAGCGCGCUUGGACGCACUUCGUAAAUCAUGA